AAUCUUUCUUGCCUGCCGCAAAGAAUCUAUCUUCAUCCGCAGCCAAAGGUUCAAGAAAAACGUUUGAGUUCUAAAGAAGAAAGGAAGAGGCAACUUUUCCUCUCUCUCUCUCUCUCUAACCUUUCUAGAUCGAACAUGUUUUGCCUGCUUUCCCUAGAUUAAACAGCAAGGUAGGAAUGUGAGUGACUGAGGCAGCCUGCAAGGGAGAAGUAGAGAGAAAUCUCUCUCUCUCUCUCUCUCUCUUGCUGUGCGUCUUCUUCCUCUGUUUCACUAACCUUCAUGGUGUCCCACACCACAGCCGCAAAUCUUUAUUUUCUUCUUGUUGAAAUAAUCGAAAGUAUCCCAAAACCCAAUCCCAAAUUCAAAAACAUUCUUCCAUUUAAUAAUUAGACGAAUUAUUGUAUCUAAAACCUUGCUUUAUUAUAUAAGCCACCAGAUUUAAGAGAACAUUGAGGAGGAAGAUAUCUCUUGAGCUUCUUUUACAGAGGCAAUUAAACAACCAUCCGCCCUUGUUCCUCCCCCAAGGAUGCUCCCUAAGACCCGCAUUCUCUUGUUCUGUUGUCUCUUCACCUCUCUGUCUCCUCUUAUUAGGGCCACCCUCAAUCUCACCCUCCCCCAUCAACACCCCAAUCCUGAGGCCGUGGUUCAAGAAGUUCAAAGGCAGCUGAAUGUAUCCAUAUCAAGAAGACAAAUGUUGGCCGCCGCCGCCGCCGCCGUGGCUAGUCCCGAGUUCUCUUGCCUCACCGGCAAUCCCAUCGACGACUGCUGGCGGUGCGACCCGAACUGGGCCAACAACCGCCAGCACCUCGCCGACUGCGGCAUCGGCUUUGGCCAAGCGGCCUUUGGAGGCAAAGGAGGCCCAAUCUACGUCGUGACCGACCCCUCCGACCACGACGCCGCCAACCCGAUACCCGGCACCCUCCGGCACGCCGUGAUCCAAACGGAGCCCCUCUGGAUUACGUUCGCCUCCGACAUGCUCAUCCACCUCCGGCACGAGCUCAUCGUCAGCAGCUUCAAGACCAUCGACGGCCGCGGCGCCAACGUCCGCGUCAUCGGCGGCGGCUGCAUCACGCUCCAGUACGUGAACAACGUCAUCAUCCACAACAUCCACGUGAGCCACUGCGUGCCCUCGGGGAACACUCUGGUGCGGUCGAGUCCAGACCACGUCGGGUGGCGGGGCCGAUCGGACGGGGAUGGCAUCUCCAUCUUCAGCUCCCGGUCGAUCUGGAUCGACCACUGCUCGCUCUCUUACUGCACGGACGGCCUGAUUGACGCCAUCAUGGGAUCGACGGCGAUCACGAUCUCGAACAGCUACUUUUCGCACCACGACGAAGUGAUGCUGCUAGGUCACGACGACCGGUACUUGGCGGAUUCCGGCAUGCAGGUGACCAUAGCGUUUAACCACUUCGGGGAGAAGCUGGUGCAGCGGAUGCCACGUUGCAGGCACGGGUACAUCCACGUGGUCAACAAUGACUUCACGGAGUGGCAGAUGUAUGCCAUCGGCGGUAGCGCUACCCCCACCAUCAACAGCCAGGGCAACCGCUACACGGCGCCGGUGGAUCCUAACGCCAAGGAGGUGACGAAGCGAGUGGACACGGACGAGACGGAUUGGGCGGGGUGGAAUUGGAGGACGGACGGGGAUAUAAUGGUAAAUGGGGCGUUCUUCGUGCCGUCCGGGGCGGGGAUGAGCGCUCAAUACGCGAAAGCGUCGAGUGUGGAGCCCAAAUCGGCGUAUAUCAUCGACCAGCUCACCUUCAACGCCGGCGUCUUCGGCCACCCAAGGGACAACAGCGUGGGUGUAUCAUACCCGGGGUUCAGCGGCGGCGGCGGCGGUACCAGCACCGCUGGGGGCGGAAACAGAGACGGCGCGGGAUCCGCCGGCGGCAGCGCUGAGGGAGACUUCUUUGGAACGGUAUUCGGAGGCGGCGCGCCACCACCUUCCCCCGCCGCCACCAUUUUGGCCGUUUUGUUAGUUUCUCUAACUUUGUACGUCGUCACCGCCAAUCACGGCGCUCUCAUACCAUUUUCAACACUGUUAUUAUCAUAGUGACAGACGAUGGAAAUUGGCAUGCAUAGCGAUAAAAAAAGGGGGGAGAAAAUUUCACGAUUUGGAUGAUUGACGGCCCCCUUUAAUUUAUAUGUAUAUGUAUAUAAUCAUCAAUAGGAAUCAAGUUCCGACCUUUGGAUAAGAUCUUGGUGGGUCA